AUGGACAUGAAUUGGCUUGAAGAGCUCGAGAUGUAUAGCGACCCCGACACGACAAACGAUCUGGAGAUAGAAAUGAUCUCAAGGGCGCUCGAGAAAGCAGAGAAUGUGACCGUCCUCACUGGCGCGGGAAUCUCCGUUGAGUCGGGUAUCCCCGACUUCAGGUCGUCGAAUGGGCUUUGGAAGAAAUAUGACCCCGCAACAUACGGGUCUUACGAGAACUUCAAAACCGACCCGAAGCCAUUUUGGAAAAUGGCUGAGGAACUGCACAAGAUCAAGGCAUACCCAAAUUGUGUUCACCAAUGCCUUGCGGAGUUACAGAAACUCAACGUCGUGAAGACAAUCGUCACACAGAAUGUCGAUGGGUUACAUCAACAGGCCGGGUCAAAACAUGUGUUAGAAAUUCAUGGAAAUGGCGAUUUGUGUCACUGCGUGAACUGCGAUUUCAUCGAAAAAUCCGAAAAACAAAUUUGGAAUAAAAAAACUUCACCACAAAACGACCCUCCAAAAUGCCCGAAGUGUGGAGCAUUAAUGAAACUCGAUGUAGUGCUUUUUGGAGAAAAGUUGGACAGAAAGAUUUAUGACGAAGUCGUGGCAUCAACAACUAAAACAGACUUUUUGCUUGUCCUUGGCACUUCACUACAAGUCGCGCCGUGCAACAUAAUUCCGUUUCGAGCAAAACACUGCGGCGCUCAGGUUGCGUUCAUCAAUUGCACAAAAACGCCAAUGGACGAAUACGCCGAUUUUGUGAUCCGAGGAGAUCUCAACCAAAUUGUUCCAAGAAUCACCGAAAGGGUCAAGAAAAUUGUUUGUUUUUCAAUUGGGAGAUCAAGCCAGCAAUUACUAACAAAUUAG